AUGAGUGAUUUGAGCCCGCAGUCCGAAUCGCAGGCACCUGCUGCAUCAGCUCCAUCGCAGGCAUCUAGCGACCAGCCCGCCACGAACAGCGCGCCUGCGAGUCAAACACCAGGCCAUCCAAGCUUCAGAAGCGCGCAUCUCGAGCAUGUGAAACAUGUCAUGCCCGCAAAGUACGAUGCGACGCAGCGUCUCUCGGGUGAGAACUAUCUAUCUGCCAUCGUCACCGCUGAUCGUUGGUCAUUGACUGUCUCUAGGGUUCCAUGUACAAAUUGUGUUGCCUUUUCUAUUGAAUGCCGGAUUCCCGUGCCCAAGCGGAAAAGGGCCAACGCCGCCCGUGCCAAAGAUGAGGAGAGCAAUACUGACGAGCACUGCAGUGAGGCCGGCGACUCGCAACAGGCGGCGACACCUUCCGAGCCUCGCCCCGCGCGGCCAGCACAACCAAAGCCGACUGUUGGAUACAAUUCACCCGAUGGCAUUCCCUCGACACAGAUGUCAGAGGCGCAGGCCGCCCAACAAGCUGCCAACAACAGCACCAUGGCACAGUUCAUGAAGCCCAAAUUCGCUCGAGCCCCGAUUAAAGAAGCUGGGCGAGUAGCCUAUCUUGGAGAGUCAUCAAACCUGUCACUCCUUGUCCAUGACCGCCAUGGCACCACAGAUGUUGUUCACUAUCCCUUGCCGGAGAACAUUAGAGGCGCCCGCGCUCGCCUAACAGAGCCUGACCAGAUGGAAAUAGAGAUCCUUCAGCAGAGGGGUGCAUUCCUUCUCCCACCCCGUGCGCUGUGUGACGAGCUGGUGGAUGCUUACUUUCGAUGGGUUGCUCCUAUCGUGCCAGUCAUCAAUCGAAGCCGCUUUAUGAAGAGAUAUAAGGAUACCAAGAACCCGCCAUCGUUGUUGCUGCUGCAGGCUAUCUUGCUGGCUGGUUCCAGAGUCUGCACCAACCCGCAACUGAUGGACGCAACCGGCUCGACCACGCCGGCUGCAAUGACUUUCUACAAACGGGCAAAAGCUCUAUACGAUGCGAAUUAUGAGGAUGAUCGCAUCACCAUUGUCCAGGCUUUGAUUCUGAUGGGCUGGUACUGGGAGGGCCCCGAAGAUGUGACAAAGAAUGUCUUUUACUGGACCAGGGUCGCCAUUGUGGUUGCCCAGGGGGCGGGAAUGCAUCGAAGUGUGGAAAGUUCUCAACUUAGCAGACAAGAUAAGCGUUUGUGGAAGAGAGUAUGGUGGUCGCUCUUUACUAGAGAUCGAUCAGUAGCCGUGGCUCUAGGCCGACCUGUGUCGAUCAACACGGACGAUUCCGACGUGGAGAUGAUCACCGAGGAGGAUUUUAUCGAAGAUGAGGGCGAUCCGAACAAUGACUACCAGGCCGACCCGGUGCACAUUCAGUUCUUCUUGCAAUAUGUCAAGCUCUGCGAGAUCAUGGGACUUGUGCUGUCUCAGCAAUACUCGGUCGCCUCAAAAGCUCGACGGACCAACGCGAUCGACCUGACUCACAGCGAUAUGGCUCUUGCAGACUGGCUGCAAAACUGCCCUCGUGAAGUAUAUUGGGAACGCUCACGCCAUCAUUUCUGGUCUGCGCUUCUGCACUCCAACUACUAUACCACUCUGUGCUUGCUGCACCGAGCCCACAUGCCGCCAGCCACUGCAAAACCCCAUGACUAUGAAAAUGUCGACAUGGCUUAUCCUUCGAGGACAAUUGCUUUCCAGGCUGCUGGAAUGAUCACUUCAAUCAUGGAAAACCUUCUUGCUCACGACCAAGUCAAAUACACGCCUGCUUUUAUUGUGUACAGUCUGUUCUCUGCGCUCAUUAUGCACGUCUACCAAAUGCGUUCUUCAGUGCCGUCAGUGGUAGCUGCAAGUCAGGAGCGCAUCAAUGUGUGCAUGAACGCCUUAAAAGAGGUGUCGAAGGUCUGGCUAGUUGCCAAAAUGGUUCACACCUUGUUUGAGUCCAUUCUCGGUAACAAAGUGCUGGAGGAGAGGCUCCAAAAGGCCACCGGGAAGAAGGCUCAAAGAGCCAAAGUCAACCAACGGGAUCAAGGUCAAAACCACGCCAACGGCAAUUCAAAUGGCAUCGGAAGUGCCACCCCUGCACCCGCACCGCCGCCGGUGCCGCCGGCAAAUCCAGCCAAACGCAAGUUCGACGAUAUCGACCUCGCCUUCAACGUUGGACCGCCUGCCCCUCAAAUGUCCUACGAGCGUUCGCGGCCUCAAACCCCUGCCGUCACGCCUUCUCGCGAUAUACCACAACAACCACAGCACAACUUCUUGGCCUCGCCUCCGCUGCAAAAUGAACAGUACUUACCACCAUCCAGGUCUCGAGGGGCGUCACGCUUGCCGUCAAGAGGCCCUACGCGGGCCAACUCUCCAUUCAACGGAUAUUCGAUCCCUGCCACACCGCCGGAUCUGUUCCUAGUCACCAGAGAUUCACCAAACAUCUCGCAACAGCUGUGGGAGAAUUUCCAGCCAGAUCAGCUAUUUCCUGACGGCACAAUUGGAGAUGUGAUUGGUCUGAGCACAAGCCCCAUUCUCAACCAUGCGGUGGAUCCUCAACUACAGCAACUACAGGGACAACAGACCGGGAUGAGCACAGGCGGACAGUCUAUGCCUCAUAUAGAUAUAUCAGGGCAGGGACAGCAGCAGAGUCAAGUAUGGCCUCCAGGAAUGCAAGGAAUGAUGGGUGCAGGCAUGGAAUUGCAUGACAGUGACGGGUGGUCGACUAGUUCACUCGGGAAUGCGCCAGUCGCCCCUACAACGCUCAACGUUGAAGACUGGUUCCAGUUUUUUGGGAUCAAUGGUGAAGUGGCAGGCAUGAACAUGGACGGAACCUAG